CCGCCGCCCCGUCCGGGAAGCCGCGGCCCCAUGGAGGGCCGGCGCUGAGAGCAGAACUUCUCCAAGGGCACCGCGGGGCCAUGGAGGAGCCCGGGGCCGCGAACCCCGGCCCCGUGCGGGCCCCGGAGGCGCCCGAGGCCGGUCUGGAGAUGGCCCAGUCCCUCCUGAGCCGAUUCUCCAUGAAGACCCUGUUCGGGUUCACGAGUAAGGUGGAGCCGGUGGAGCCCGGGGAGGAGGACGCGGUGCUGAAGGCGUUCCGCGCUUUGGAGUCGGACGGCCCGGGCCCGGGGCCAGAGGGGCCGGAGGAGCCGGCGGAGCCGGCGGAGCAGGCGGCCGGGGCUCCGGGUCCCCCCGCGGGUGCUCCGCACGCCGGGCAGGCCGCCCGGGACCCGGCGGACCCAGAGGGAGGCCGGGGACCCGGAGGAGGGGAGGCCUCGCGCCCGGCCCCGGAGGAGCCGCGGCCCCCGACUCCCUCGCAGGUGGACGGCGACGACGCCCUCUGGGUCCGCGGGACCCUCGUCCACACCACCAGCGACUCGGAGGCGGAGGAGGGAGGCCAGGAGCCCGGCGAGGCCGGCAGCCCCAGCGGCCCCCCGCCCCCCAGCCCUGCCCUCUCCCAGCCCUCUCCGGAGCCCGAAGAACCUCCAGGAGAUGUCAGGGAAGACCUUGCUCCCCGCGAACCGACGGACACGGGGAUUCGUGGGGACGCCGCCCAGAGGACUCCCCCCGCGCUAGACGGCGCCCUGGGGUUCGCGGGCGGUAGCCCCCCGCCCGAGGACCCCCGCGAGGAUGGGGGCCCGGCCGGCGAGGCAGGGCCCCGGGCCCCCCCUGCCGCCUCGGGGCCGAGCCCCAGCCCUUCCAAACGCGACGCCCCCGGCGAGAAGGCCUUCCAGCUCCCGGCCUUCUUCAGUGGGCUUCGCGUGCUGAAGAAGGGGGCCGCGGCCGAGGGAGAGGAGAUCAUCACCGAAAUUAAACCCAAGGACGGGGACCUGGCCCUGCUCAAGCUGACCCAGCCCGUCCACAGGUCCCUGGCGCAGGCCGGGCCGCCGGCGGCCAAGGGCCAGGGCCGCGCGGCCGACCCGAAGGCCGCGCCCACGCUGCUGGAGCAGCUCUCCCACCUGCUCAGCCUCGACGGGCCCAGGCCCGAGCCCGGGCCCGAGGCCCAGGCCCAGGCCGACCCCGACGCGCCCCGCGGAGACACGGGCCACGGCGCCACGGACCCCGAGGGCCACGGCGGUGCCGAGGAUGCCCUGGUCCCCAGGGGCCAGGCGAAGCCCAAGCCCCCCGAGACCGCGCUGGAGGCCUUCAAAGCCCUGUUCAUCCGCCCCCCUCGAAGGGGGGUCACGGCAGACACCUCCGAGCUGGAGGCGCUCAAGCGCAAGAUGAGGCACGAGAAGGAGUCGCUGCGAGCUGUGUUUGAGCGGUCCAGGCCCCGGCCCGCGGAGGGGCCCGCGGACUCCAAAAGCCCUGACCAGAGCCCUACAGAGCAAGACGACAGGACUCCAGGCAGACUCCAAGCUGUCUGGCCCCCCCCAAAGACAAAGGACACAGAAGAAAAAGUGGGACUGAAGUACACAGAAGCAGAAUACCAAGCUGCCAUUUUGCACUUGAAGAGGGAACACAAAGAAGAAGUUGAAAACCUGCAGGCCCAGUUCGAGCUCGAGGCGUUCCACCUGCGAGGGGAGCACGCGGCGAGCACGGCGCGGCUGGAGGAGGCGGUGCAGGGCCUGCGGCAGGAGCUGGCGCGCAGGCGCGGGGCCGGGCGCGCGCCCCGCCGGGACGCCUGCGUCGCCACGCGGGACCACUGGCCCCCGAAGGCCUGCAGGACCGUGUGCGUGCAGACGGACCGGGAGACCUUCCUCAGACCCCGGGGGGCGGACGGCAAGACGCCCCGGAGCGGCCACCCCGUCCCCCGGAAGCUGCCCCUCGCCGCCCUCGGCCAGCUCGACGCCCAGGCCCCGCUCCCGACCGCCACGCCGCCGCCCGGGGAAGGCGGCGCCCCGGCCCCGCCCCGGGCCGCGCCCCCCGGCCCCCCGGGCCCCGCCCCGCCGCCCCCGCCCGCCCCGCCGCCCCCGCCCCCGCCGCCGCCCCCGGGGAGUGCGGGGCCCCCGCCGGCGCCUCCCCCGCCACCCCCGCCCCCGCACGCCGGGCCGCCCCCGCCGCCCCCGCCGCCGCUCCCCAGCAGGGCAGGGCCGCCCCCGGCCCCGACGCCCCCGGGACUCGCCCCCCCGCCGCCCCCGGGACUGUGCUUCGGACCCAGCGCCUCGUCCAGCCAGUGUCCUCGAAAGCCGGCCAUCGAGCCUAGCUGUCCCAUGAAACCGCUGUACUGGACGCGAAUCCAAAUAAGCGAUCGGAGCCAAAACGCUACACCAACCUUAUGGGAUUCCUUAGAAGAACCUAAUAUUCGAGACACUAGUGAAUUUGAAUAUUUAUUUUCCAAAGAGACAAAUCAGCGAAAGAAAAAGCCUCUGUCAGAGACCUACGAAAAGAAAAACAAGGUUAAAAAGAUCAUCAAGUUAUUGGAUGGAAAACGGUCUCAAGCUGUGGGAAUCUUAAUAUCUAGUUUACAUUUAGAAAUGAAGGAUAUUCAGCAGGCCAUAUUUAAUGUGGACGACUCUGUGGUUGACUUGGAGACCCUGGCAGCCUUAUAUGAAAAUCGAGCCCAAGAGGAUGAAUUGGUUAAAAUAAGAAAGUACUAUGAGACAUCUAGAGAUGAAGAACUGAAGCUGCUGGACAAACCUGAGCAAUUUUUACAUGAGUUAGCUCAGAUCCCUAAUUUUGCUGAACGUGCCCAGUGCAUAAUCUUCAGAUCUGUGUUCUCUGAGAGCAUUAACUCUUUACACCGAAAGAUUGAGAUUGUCACGCGAGCCUCUAAGGGCCUGUUGAACAUGAAGAGUGUGAAGGAUAUCCUGGCGCUCAUCCUGGCUUUUGGAAAUUAUAUGAAUGGAGGAAACAGGACUCGAGGACAAGCAGAUGGGUACAGCUUAGAAAUUCUUCCCAAACUCAAGGAUGUCAAAAGUCGGGAUAAUGGAAUUAAUCUGGUGGACUAUGUUGUGAAGUAUUACCUGCGUUACUAUGAUCAGGAAGCUGGAACCGAAAAGAGUGUUUUCCCCCUGCCUGAACCACAAGAUUUCUUUCUGGCCUCCCAAGUCAAGUUUGAAGACCUCAUAAAAGAUUUAAGAAAACUGAAGAGGCAACUAGAAGCAAGUGAGCAACAGAUGGUGGUGGUGUGCAAGGAGUCUCCAAAGGAGUACCUCCAGCCAUUCAAGGACAAACUAGAAGAGUUCUUCCAGAAAGCCAAAAAAGAGCAUAAAAUGGAAGAAGCUCACUUGGAGAAAGCACAGAAAAGUUUUGAAACAACAGUGGGAUAUUUUGAGAUGAAGCCAAAGGCUGGUGAGAAGGAGAUCACACCCAGCUACGUGUUUACAGUGUGGUAUGAGUUCUGCAGUGACUUCAAGACAAUCUGGAAACGGGAGAGUAAAAACAUAUCUAAAGAAAGAUUGAAAAUGGCUCAGGCAUCAGUCAGCAAGUUGACAUCAGAGAAGAAAGUGGAGACCAAGAAAAUCAACCCCACUGCUAGCCUGAAAGAAAGACUGCGUCAGAAGGAAGCUAGUGUGACCACCAACUAAGAUGGCGACACAAGGAAAGAAGGGUAGAGAGCAAGCAUUGUGUGUGCUUCCUCACUGUGCAGCGCUGGAGCUCCUAGAAGACAGGUUAAUGAAGGUUUGUUUUGCUCACCUCAAGCCAUCUGCACACAGCUCCCUGUGCCUUCUCUGAGAAGCUCUCACUAAGCUAUGAAACAACUUAAAGCUGCUGAGGCAACACUGCAAGAGUAUUUGAUCAUUGUUUCUUUUAGAAGUCCAUUCUUCUUUUAGAAAUCUAUUCUGCUAUGGAAACAAGAAAUAGCAAGAUUUUCCAAAAUGUACUUAAAAGGAUUGAAACUUCAAGUUCUCUCUCUUUUUUUCUUUUUUUUUUUGUUGGUCAUGGGGCUUGAACUCUGGGAGUGGAUGCUGUCCCUGAACUCAUCAGCUCAAGGCUAGCGCUCUGCCACUUGAGCUUCAGUGCCACUUCCUGAAAUUUCAAGUUUUCUAACUCAAGCUGGAUAUCCACAACCUUGCCACAGCAGAGAUACAUCUUCUGUGAGAACUCAAACCUUGGUCCUUACACCUGCUCUGUUCUGGUCCUGGUGAAGCAAGAUCCUCCCCCCUCCCCCACGCAACACUGUUGAAACCCACCCAAACUGUUUUUGAAGAGGCGUAAGACUUUUUUAUGUCCUAGUCUAAUGAAGUAACAUUGCUGUUGUUGUUCAUGAUGCAAAAGAGAGAAAAUGAAGCUCUGUGUGGGUGGUGAAUGGGAAGAUGAGGAAGAUUAUCUGUAAGCUCCUUUCUGGAGAAUAAGUUGGUACUGGAAGUUAACAUCAGCUGUAAAACUAGCACCAUUCUUUGAUUUUCCAUCAGUGCUUGAGGCCUCCUGGGCCAGCAGAGAUUCCGCCCCUUGGAGAUGCAGUAACAAACAUUCAAGCAGGCACAGCCCUGGGGUGUGAGCAAGAGCGCCCAUUUGUACUAAUGACCCAGCGAGAGUGUCUUUUAGAUUUGGGAAACAUUGUGUAUGGUAAUUAUUGCCACGUGGACAUGCAGCUAAGGGCAACGUCAGGUUCUGUAACAUGUGCAAGGCCUCCUGUCACCCCCAGCAGACAGUUUCUGGACAGGAAAGCAAAUGCCACUCACUGCCUUUUACCAUGAUUUCAGCUGGCAAACACAUGAAGCAGGUUGCAUGAAGGUGCUUCGCUGUCAGCAACUCGAGCAGAAAAGUUGUUUACAGGAAAAUAAAAAGAAAUGCAUUACGGUAGUAUUAAACUUUGGGUGGGAUAUCAGAAGCAGGUAGCUAGUUCUCACACUGGCUCCUGAGUUCCUGAGAAACAUCAUCGUGGACCUCCCCCCACCACAGCCCCCACAUUUCUCUCCUUCAGCCAACACUCUUUGACUCUUUCUUCUGAGGAGAGAAGACAGAGGGCUAGGAAUGAAGCGAGAAUAGGAGCGGAGACCAUAAUUCUUAAGCCUUGAUAACAUAGAGGCUCAAGAUUUCUCCUGUAAUUGGUAGAGACAGUCUAGACACAAGCACCUUACAUCCCUUCUAAACUUGGCUCCAAAGAAAGGAAUAAAAUCACAUGGUUA